AUGUGCAUGCUGGGUCAGCCUCCCCUCACAGGCCCUGUGAGCUGCAAAUCCAGUAGGAGCGGAGCCAUUGUGCAGACACCUGUCCUGGGCUGCAGUUGCCCAGAAGUGGCCAGUGUAGGGCCAAAGCCUAUCCUGUUCAUGUGUCGAAUCUUUGCAGUGCCUCCAGCCUCAGCGUGGGGAAGAGGCAGGACUGAGAUGUGUGGCUUCUCCUUGACAGAGAUUGUGCUGGCUCAGCUGGACGAGAUCACCCCACUGGAGCAGACAGUUUUGAAGUUUGCAGCCAUCAUCGGGCCGGUGUUCACUACGCAGCUGCUGUCAUACAUUCUUCCGAUUAGAAUGAGGCACAAGAUGACUACCUUGUUGGACAGUCUAGUGAGUGACAACAUCCUCAAGUGGAUGGAGAGCACUGAGGAGCCAGAAGACGUCCAAGAUCCUAGCAAGGAGCCAGCCACCCCUCCGCAGGCAGAGAUUGGUGUGGAGACCUCCCCCCCAAGCAAGCAGAGUGUGGGGUGUCCAUUUGGUGUGCUGAUGUUCCAUAAGCCGCUGCUGCGGGAGGCUGCCUACGAGCUGUGGGUCCAGAAACAGCGGGUCACCCUGCACUCCAAGUGUGCUGCCUUCCUGGAGCGGUAUGCACACAAAUGCCAGAGCUGCGGCCAAGGGGACUUUAUUGUCUUCCACCGCUUCGCUGUCACCAGCACCCAGGACAAAGGGAGCUGUAAGGACUUUGAUGGUGGGGAUGACCCACACACCUGGAAGGCCUUGGUGCUGGCUGGAAAACAGCUGAAGAAGGAGAGGUUUUACAUCUCUGCAGGUAUUACAGAUACUCAGGAGGAGCAGCAGCAGCAGCAAGCUUUUGUGGAAGAGGAUUUUGGUGCGACUGACAGAGAGGACAACAAUGCGCUCUCAUGUGACUGCAAAGGCAUCGUGGAGUCAGUGCUUGUGCCAUUGGUUCACCACUACACAACACUGGGCAAUGCUGCCAGAGCCUUUUACUAUCUUCUGGAGACUGCAGCUGCCUACCUGCAUGUCUCCAACUACUACAUGGCCCUCAGGAAGCUGAGCGAAGCAGAUAUCCUGAGGAACACUCUAAAGAGUAAAGCGAAUGUGAUAUCCCGCUUUGAAGAUGCCACCUUCUUCAGCCUCAAAGGGGAGGUCUGCUACGGUGUGGGACGCACAGAGCUGGCAAAGAAAAUGCUCAGAAAGGCUUUGAGCCUGCUUGGAAGGCCAUUUCCCCGGAACCGCGCUGAAGACUUUGUCAGGUCGCAGGUUGAAAAAUUGCAGUGUGCCGCUUACGUUGCCAGAAGAGCAUCUUCCCUUCCACAGAAGGCCCAGUAAGAAACACGACCAAGAACCCGGG